AUGUACGUUGCCAAAAAGCGGUCGUCCAGAAGAAGGAAGAGCGCCAAUGUGAGCGACAUUUCAGAGAGCGAGAGCGCAGUUCCGGAAAAUAAUAAAAUAAGGCCUCGUAAUGGCGCCCCCAAGGAUCUGGAAGGAAGGCUGAAUAAACUUGAAUCCAUGGUGCAUGCAUUGUUGAAUAAACUGGAUCCCGAGACAGAGAAUAGCAAGGAGAGCUUUGUUCGAGACAGCAACUCUCCCGAGAAUUGCAAGCCAGAUAUUGAGCCUGCUGCAGACUCGAAUGCAAACCAGGCAGACCUUGAAGACAUGUACUUUGGCCCUCUGACCACCUUUUCAUUGUUUUCUGCCAAAGGCCUCAAAUGGCUUGAUAGCCUCCUCCCAGAUAAAACACCAACCAAGGUUUUGCGUCGUCAUAUCCUUACACUAAUGAAAGCAGAACAUCAAGGGAAACCAACUCAAAAUUAUACAAUGGCCAGCACAGCAUGGGAUAUCUUCCCGUCUUCAGAAAUAAUUGAGUAUCUUCUGAAAACCAUCGAGCCUUUCUUUCAAGACUUUUAUCCCAUGAAGAUCGCUGAAGUGCACCGGCUUUUCGACAAAUAUCUGAAGUAUAAAAGUGGCCUCCGACCUGUGAACUCAUUGCACCCAUCCGAAAUUUUACUCAUGAGCAGCAUUAUGCUCCAUUCAUGCUGUAUAGCUAGUGAGCUGGUAAGAACCAUGAAUUUCCCGUGUCCAAUGCCGUUGAUUCAUCUGCAGGAACUCGAAAGAAAACUUUCUGAGAGCUGUCUGAAACUACUUCUCAAUCACAUGGUGUCGCAUUCUAACCUUUUGAAACUACAAGCUCUUUAUUUGCUUGUGCCGAUUGCUGAUAUUUGUAUGGAUCACCAUGCAUGUACACUGUCAAAUACAUUGUUUGCCAGAUCCGCACUCGAAUUGGGUCUGCACAGAGAAGAGAGCUAUCUUGGAGGAAAUCAAGACAGGAGGGAUCAGAAGAUUUACUUAUGGUGGAGGGCUUACGUUUUAGACAAGGAAGUUUGUCUGAAAAGUGGCUUGCCUCCUAUUUUAAAUGACACAGAUAUCACGACGCCUCCAUUACCAGGAUUUGAAGAAUUUUGGGCGAUGCCAUACGAACGUCUGCCAGACGGAAGACACAAAAGAGAAAUCAUGAGAGAAAAAAUUGUCGCCAAGCUGACAUCGUUGUUGGAUAGUACUAAACAAGAUCUCUCUUUUGAGCUCUAUCUCACAUACGAUCUUGCAGUCAUCUCGUCGAGAACAUACCAGGAACUGUUUUCGGCUACGUCUCUCGUCAGAAAAACAAGGUCGCAGAUUACAAGUACGAUCGAGUCAUUACUUCAUGAUCUGGAAUGUUGGAGAAUGUGCUUCCCCAAGAGAAUUAGACCGGGUGAGACGUUUCUCUAUUUGGGUGCUCUGACAAAGGCGACGAAUGUUACGGAUGGCAUCUUUCUUCCGUUUUUGGUCCUCAACUACAAUCUCAAGUAUUACUUGCUCCAGAUCAUUAUAUCGAAGACCAUGCUGCGUCUUAAUUGGUACUCAGACCAUAAACAUUCUCAUUUGUCUUCAAACAGGAAUAACCAACACGCCAGGUUUGAGAGCAUUGGGUUGAACGCUAUAAGACAGAUAUUGCAAAUCGCGUACAAGAUUGACAAGAACAACCAGGCCUACGUUUAUUUUGCAACCUACUAUUUCAUGUGCGCCUAUGUUGCGCUGAUCGCGGAGGUUUUGCAAAACCUGAAUUCACCGGAAGUGGUUGAAGACGUCCAACUCCUGUAUUGGGUGAGCAAAAACUACUUUGCAGUUGGUGCUAUUAAGUCUCUCCCCAACCACCACAAGUGGCAGACGAUGGACAAAAUUAGCAGAUGUCUCUUCUACACGGUCUGGUGUUCUGUUCCUAACAUUCAGGAACGUAGCAAGCUCGACGUGGGAGACUUCCUUGAUGAAUUUUUCCAAAUGGCUGAUGAAAUCAAUUCGAAGGCCAAAAAAGACGGGUCCACAUCUACGAAAAUGCCAAAUUUCCAAUCUCUUUCAUCGUACACUCGCGUUUCAAUGGAAAGACCCACGAUCGACAAAACAACUGCGGACCAGCCGCAAAGAGAGUUUCUGGAUCAGAUCUGGGGUUCUUCUUCGACGUCUGGAAAACAGACCCCCAAUAAUAGCGAAGAUUCGUUGCUUGACGGACUUUACUACGAUGAGGACUCUUUGAUUCCAAACAUGUUCAGUCUGCCAAAUUAUCUUUUUGAUGUCAAUCAAAAUCCGCUUGACGCUUCUAUGAAUACAUUAGGAUUAUAG